AUGAGCGGCCGGCCCUCCCUCAAGCGGCUUCGCUCGUCGUCGACGUCGAGCGGCUCGGAUGAGACUGACGAAAGUCGUGGUUUUGCGGCGUCCAUUACCCCACCCUCCUCGGCGUCGUCGACGCAUGACAUUAGCGCUGCGGCAUGCCACCAUCGGGCCUUUGACAAAAUCGUCGACGCUCUGAACAGCGCUGCCAGCCGGUCAUCUCUUUCCAACUCCACAGUCUGCCGCUAUCGAACCGUGAACGUGCUGCUGCUCCAGUGGGAAUACGAAGACCUUGGCGUGGGCGGCGAAGUCGAAGCCUUGGCCCAGGUUCUGGACCGCGAUUACGGGUUCCAGGUCCAGCAGUGCCGCAUCCCCGUCGAGCGGCCCAUUCGCAAGCUGACCCAGACCAUCUCUAAUUGGGUUGACGACCAUGACAGCGAGCACAACCUCUUCAUCCUGUACUACGCUGGCCACGGCGUGAUUGACGAGGGGAGGCAGGUCGUGUGGCGCAACCUCCGGGACGUCAAAAACGAGCGUUUUGCCGAGCUCAAGUGGAACGGCUGUGAGGACAUCCUGCACGAGGCGGUAUCUGAUACCCUUUUCCUGCUCGACUGCUGCUGUGCGGCCGGCUCGGCCUCGAGGCCCCUCAAGGGAUUUUCCGAGACUAUAGCAGCCUCGGGCUUCGAGUCUGUUGCGCCCCCUCCCGGGCCGCACUCGUUCACAAACGCUCUGACCCGGGUCCUGCGAAAAUGGUGCCGCACCCAGUUCUCCGUCGUUCGCUUGCACAACGAGCUGCUCGUUGCCCUGAAAGAAAUGCCGCCCGAGCAAAUUUCGUCCGACGGCUCGUCCUUUGAGUGGAGGAGGACGCCCGUUCACUACAUCCGAUCAAACGACCGAUGCCCGCCGAGUGUCGUCGUGUCUUCCCUGGCAACCGAGGACAGCGACGUGGUUGUAAUCCACGAACAGCAGCCCACGGUCGAUUCGCAACCAGUUGUGUCGCCGCGCGUAAUCCUGAGCCUCAUCUUGACCGAAGAUCUCCGACUUGACGACGCCGUUGCUUGCAGGAGAUGGCUAUCCGCGUUCCCCUUACACACGAAAGAGAUUCGUGUCGAGGGCGUCUACCGUGGCCUGUCGACUGUGGUUAUAAUAUCUCUCCCCGUCCUCAUCUGGGAUCACCUAGAAAAUAUCCCGGGCUGCAAUUUCGUCUGCUUUACCACAUCCGGCAAUCUGCUGCUCAAGGAGCCGGCACUCGACACGCUCGAAGGAGAGUGCAAGGUGACAGGCCUGGACUGGGGACGAGACAGCGCAUAUUCAUCAGGAAUGACAUUGCCGGCGAUCAGUGAUUUUGAGGCGUAUACCCUAGCUAGCCGCUUCAAUGCUUUGGAGUCCAGGACUGACGAACAGGCGCAUCUGCCAACAUCAAUUGCAGAUAUGACGAGGAAGAUUGAUGACCUAGAGGCAGCCAACAAAAACCAGGAAACAAUACUGUCUAGGAUACAACAGAAAAUUAUUGAAAAUUCUGCAGAGGUCGAAAGGAACUCACAGAGAGCCAAAACCGAAAUGCCUCGGGAGCUCGAUGAUGCGAAAAGGAGCAUGAUUGAAGAGCUUUACGAGAUGUUCAGUACCCUGGCGAGUGAGAAACAGCAGCCAGCCGGGAACGACAUGGUCAAGAGGAUCAACGAGAUCGAGGAAGCCGCCAUUGCCGACAAAGGGACCGUGGCUCGGAAACUCGAGCGCACGUCAGCUAGCAUCGAUGAGCACCAAAGGUCGAUCAAGCUUCUGGCAGAAAGGUCGGAACGACUUGAAGACGUGGUCCAGAACGAGCUCAAGACGAUGGUCAACGAGAUGGACAAACGCAUUGCCGCGGUUCGCGAAACCGUCCUUGGGGAGCUUCAGGGCACGGCUGCCAGAGUCAAGAGGGUUUUCGACCUUGUUGAAAGCCUGCAGAGAGAUGUGGCAACGUCCAAGGAAGGGGCAGAGCAGAUACGGCAGGCAAAGCCAUUACGGAAGCAGCAGGAAGAGUAG